UUUCCUAAAAAACACUGAACCGAUCCACAUGUCAAAAAUGUAAGAAUUGAAAUUUUCAGUACAAGUACACAAAGUGAAAGAAUGCCUAAAACCAAAUCGACCCUGAAAUCAGGGACCCCAAGAAGAGCUCUUCCGCGACCUAUAAGGUUAGCUCGAUCACCACCGUUUCCACUGCCGAUGCCGAUUACAUUUACCACGAAGUUGAUGGACAUGCCCGAGGACAUAAUCCUCCGGCUGUACGACUUUCUGCCCUCCCUGGCGGAUAAGGUGCGUCUGGCCUGUGUGUCGUCCAAAUUCCAUGGCGCCUUCGCAUGCUGGUCCCGCACUCAGCGCCACAGCCUGGACGUGGAGCAGCUGGAGCCGAUGAGUCUGAGGGAACUCAUUUGUUUCUUCAGGGUUACUGGGCCCUAUAUUCGCAUUCUUCACGUGGACUGUGCCGCCUUCCAAAAGGAAUCCCUGUUGGUGGAGUUCAUUUCAGAGUUUUGUCCUAACCUCGAGGAGAUCUUCUACACAAACGUCACCGAUGAGUUCCACUAUCGCACUAUUAUGUCAAAAAUGACGCGUCUCAAGAAGGUCUCCAUCGAUUGCAUGGACGCCGAGGAUGUCCUCAACUUUGACUUGGAGAAGAACCAGAAUCUGGAGCAUUUUGAGCUGGUGAACGGUUGCUAUACUGGAAAACAUCUAUGCGGCUUUCCCAACCUUAAAACUCUGGUCCUUCGAGACUGCCUUCUGUGGAAUUCGGGAGAGUUUGGAAUACCUCUGAAAACAUUAAAGGUCUUGAACCUGGACGACUGCUGCUUCGAGGUGAUGAACCAGAGCUUGUACCAGAAGAUCGCCGAGUGCAGCUUGGAGCUGGAGGAGCUUUCCUUUUCCGGUUGCGAUACCAACUUCGAGGUUAUAGCCGCUUUGCCGAACCUUCGGAAGUGUACACUGAAAACCUGGAUGACUUCCAACGAGCUGAACAUCGGAUUUCUAACCGUUCUCUCCGAGAACAAAGGCAGCCAGCUGACCCACUUGCAUUUGUCUGGACAGUUCCAGAUCUCCAAUGAGCACGCCCGGUGCCUGGGACAGUUGAGUUCGCUCAAGGAUCUGCGGUGGUCCAACAACGAUGUCCUCGAGGACGAUCACUUCAAGUUCUUCAACGAUCUUAGCCAGCUGGAAGCUUUUGGCCUGACAUGGUGUGGCCGGGUAAUGGACUUGGGGAUGAUGCGUCUCAUCCGCAAGUGUCUCCAACUGAAGGUCAUUGAUUUGAGUGACUGCGAGGAGAUCACCGAUGAGUUUAUCCUGAAUGCCAUUGCAUAUUGUGCCAAGGGUGCGGGUCGCAAGUUGGUGAUUAAUGCCAAAGGCACCAGGAUCACAAACUCUGUCCUAGAACACGCUGAUUACCUCUCACCCACGAACAAUGUUAAGUUAAAUAUUCUUCCAGAUUUUUGAAAAUAUGAUUUAUUUCAAUUAAAGCCAUACAUAUACAGAAAAGAUAGAA